GCAGAGCCAAGUGUAGGAUGAGCGCAACACGCAUCUUAGCCCGUUUUCAUAGCCCAACUCCAAGAAAAGCCCUCUUAGCAUUGCAUCCAGAUAGAGAUAUAGACACCAUGGACGUCCGCAAUUUACUCUCGGCUCCCCGUCCUGUUCUCUCUUCAUAUCUACAUCCACAUUCCUCUCUCCCCCUCAGUGGCGACGAUGAGAUAAAGUAGGACGCACACAGACAGACACAAGCAGACGUUACUCCGAGAGAGGGAAAAAAUCAACCUGCAAAGAACAAAGGCCUUCAUGGCUACCCCAACAAACCACCCCGUCACGAACCCCGAAGAGGGCGUCACAUACCUCACCGAAGACGAAAUCACCUCCUUCCUCGACGAUCUAGACCACAACGACGACGGCUACAUCGACUACGCCGAAGUCGAAGCCAAACUCGACGCCGCCCACGACGAGCUCACACCCGCCGGCAAAGUAAAACCUCACCACGUCAUCAGUCGCCAGAAACAGUCGUCUCCUUCUUCGUCCCCCUCUGAUACCACUUCUCCAGAGAAGCAGACCCAGCCUUCCUCCUCCUCCUCCUCCUCCUCCCCAUCGUCCUCAAAAGACGAAAACCGCCUCCGCCAUGAAUUCCUCCGCUCCAUAAUGGCCCUCCCCGGCUCCGAACCAGGCACAUCCUCCAACCCCACCGCGGACGCCGACGCCCGUACCCACCGCAUCCCCCGCGCCGCCUUCGCCGCCCGCGUCCGCGCCUGGAAGAUCCCCUCCCUCCAACAAGACGCAGACUCUGAAAAGUCCCAGCGGUCCUUCAUCCAACACCUCCGCCUCUCGCGCCGCCUCCGAGCCUACUGGGCCGUCCACGGCCCCGAAAUCGCCUUCCUCGCCCUCGUCGCCUCCUCCCUUGUUGCGUUCGGCGUCUGGCAAUGCGUCAAAUACGCCACCACCACCCAGUACCGCGACGCCUUUGGCUGGGGCGUGGUCAUGGCCAAGACGUGCGCCGGCAUGCUCUACCCGACCUUCUUCUUCCUCAUCCUCAGCAUGUCGCGCUACGUCUCCACCAUGCUCCGCCGCUCCUACCGCGUCUCCCGCUUCGUCAACUGGGACCUCAGCCAGGCCUUCCACAUCAAGAUUUCGUGUCUCGCGCUGGCGCUCGCGACGCUACAUGCCAUUGGCCACCUCACGGGCUCCUUCUACCACGGAAGCCGCCCCGCAAACCAGGACGCCGUCGCCGUGGUGCUGGGCCCGGACGCGGUACCGAGGCCGUACGUGGAAUACGUCCGCUCCCUACCCGGCUUCACAGGCCUCACGGCACUAGGCCUCUUCUACCUCCUCGCACUGCUCAGCAUGCCAGCCGUGCGACGAUGGAACUACGAGGUCUUCCAGCUCGCGCAUCUGCUAAUGUACCCCAUCAUCGGCCUCAUGAUGGCCCACGGCACCGCGGCGCUGCUGCAGUGGCCCAUGUUCGGCUACUUCCUCGCCGUCCCGACGCUGCUGAUCCUCGUCGAGCGCGUCGUCCGCGUCGGGACGGGCUUCCACAAGAUACGAGCGACGCUCACGGUGCUCGACGGCGAGACGGUCGAGGUUGCGGCCACGAUCCCCAGCGAGCGCAUGUGGAAGUACAGGGCCGGGCAGUACGUGUUCCUGCAGGUGCCUGCCAUCAGCGCUUUCCAGUGGCAUCCUUUUACCGUCUCUAUAUGCAAGGGCCGUGAGUUCCGGUUACAUAUCAAGACGGACGGGAACUGGACGAAACGGCUGCGUGAUCUGGGCGGAAAGGGGGAAGGGGCUGCUGCAGCAACGGAGAUUGAUGUGGGCAUCAACGGGCCCUUUGGUGCGCCGGCCCAGCGGUUCUACGACUUCAACCAAUCCAUUAUCGUAGGUUCCGGAAUCGGCGUCACGCCCUUUUCGGGUAUCCUCGCGGACUUGCAGGCGCGCGAUGACGAGGAGCACGGGGGACCGACGCACUCGCAUCAGCACCGCACUCAUCAACACCGCCACGACUCGGAGACGACCGUCGUCACGGAGAAGAAAGAGGUCAACGGACGUAAGGACUCGGAAUCGACAAUGGCAACCGCGGCAGCGACAGAGGCCCCGGACGGCAACGACCCAACGAAACCCCCAAACCCGUCAGAAGCCUUCACCUUCGCGCCCGACUACCGCCGCGUAGACUUCCACUGGACAGUCCGCGACCGCAACUACCUCCUCUGGAUCACCGACCUCCUCAACUCGGUCUCGCGAAGCCAGGACUGGCACCGCCGCCACGAGGGCCCCUCCCAGCACCUCGACAUCCGCAUCGCGACGCACGUCACCCAGAAACGCAGGGACAUUGUCACGCACGUGUACCGCUGGCUCCUUGAGAUGCACCGCACCGAGGAGCACCCAGAGAGCCCGCUUACAGGUCUACUGAACCCAACGCAUUUUGGCCGGCCCGACUUUGAUGCCAUUCUAGACAGGCACUAUGAGGAUAUGCGGAGGUUUCGCGCCAGCAAAAGAAUGAAGGCGAAUGCCGGCAGCGGGGCGGCCGUAGCCGACAGCAUAGACGCAGGGAAGGGAACAGACAGAACCACCCGCAGCGAAAAUAGGGACGCUAGAGCCGACGGCCGCGGUAGUACCCGAGGCGCUAGCGGCGAGCGGCGGGACGUGGAGGAGGAGGAUGAGGAGCUAAAGGUCGGAGUCUUUUACUGCGGAGCGCCGGUGGUCGGGGAGAUCCUGGCAGACAAGUGCCGGCAGCUCACUGUGCGGGGGCGGCACGACGGCAGCAAGAUUGAGUAUCACUUCAUGAUUGAAGUCUUUGGGUAAUGGAUUAUUUUUUUCUGCUCCCAGCGCUCUGUAGCUUUCCCCGAUAGCUUGGCCCUUGCGGAAUGGUUGGAUGAGCAGCAACUAGUGAUAGUUCGUCGGCUCGCGCUGGCGGGCGCCGGUGUUAGCCAGUGGUCUGAGUUGGUUCUGAGUAAGACCAAACACAAAAUAAUGAGA